AUGUUCCAAGCACCGGUGAGCUGGGCUGCGAGCAAGUUGCUUGCCUUUGUGUUCCCUCACGACACAAAGGCUCGGCCGCGUUCUACGCUGGAUGCAUCAGAUCCUCUCGAAACUCUAGGCUCGACAGAGUGGCGUCGUCGAGAUGAAGCGAGACGGUCGUUGCGGGGAACAACCCUUCAGCAGAUGCCAUUCGAGGCCUGUUACUGGCCGCUCAUGCACCGACCCCGCAACAGCAAGGAAGCACAGCAACUCUACGAUCACAUUCGCACAGUGGCGUGGUACCUCGACUCGGUACCUUUGCUGGGCUCUCGACUUUCUUUCAACGUUGGCGUAGAGUCCCUCAUUGGCCUGAUCCCCGGCGUGGGAGACUACGUCGGACUCAUUCUAGGACUGUAUCAGAUCUUGCUCUGCACGCUCUUCGGCCUUCCGUUGACCGUCCUUCUCUGGAUGAUUUUCAACGUCGUUGUCGACUGCAUCAUUGGCAUCGUACCCAUUAUUGGCGAUGCGCUUGAUGUUCUCUUCAAGGCAAACUUGCGCAACCUGCGAUUACUCGAAGAUCACCUGCAUCGGACGAAAGGCAAAUGUGGUGCAGGCGUUUUCUACAUCGAGUUCCCUCCAAGCGACAGAUUCCUACCAGUACGACAGAGCACUCGCACGUCGCAAGAUCCGCCGCCCUAUGCAUCAAUCAGGCAUCCUGAGUUCAACAUCCCCACAGACAGCCCAAGAAGAAGCAAUGACACAAGACCGUACUUUCUGAGCCUUCCGUCUUCUGUAUCGGCGUCUACUAACAUAGGCACGGCAGCCUCUCCAGUCCCUGAACGACGUCCGAAUGGACACAGUGCAAAUGUGCCUGUUCCAACAGCCAAAGCCGGGACAUCGCCAGUUGCGUCAGAGAAUGGCACACGAGACGCUGCACAGCGGACAGCAAAGUUGCAACUGACGAUCGAAGCCGAGGCAUACACCAUUCCAGAAGAGUCAAGCACACCGGGGCAGGGCGGCAAAACGAGUGCUGCAUGGCUCCAUAAUGGUACUUCGCAAGCGUCCACAUCGGAUGCUCUUCAUGACCCUCCUCCCAGUGUCGUCGAGGCGCUGUCUUCAGAUGACUUCCUCGCUCAAGACGAUCAGCUGCACACCCAACUAACAACAGACUCAGCUUACACAAGCUCGAUGGACAGCUCCAACAAGCAUCUGCAAACGAUCCAUCACGGGCCUUCGCAUUCUCUAUCGCUCGACGAAGAGCGACCACGCGUCUCUUGGCACGAACUAGCACGGACAAAGUCGUCGACAAUAGCAGGGCCAGAAGCAAAGCGUCCAAGUCAUGAACUUUUCGACGCGGAUGACGAUGCAGAGGACGCAUUGGAAGACCAGCGACUGCUCAAACGUAGGCCAUCGGAUAGGGAGCACGAGAUUGAGGAUCCACGCGAGCUCUGGCGAAGACGUCGCGGAAUGUAUCUGCUGGUGUACUCGGCAAUCUUUUGCGUUGCCUAUGUGACCUCGCUCGACUCGAACACGGGCUACCUCUACCUCAACUUUGCAUGCAGCGAAUACGGAGCGCUAGCUUCCUUCAGUACGGUCGCGAUCGUGCAGCAGAUGGUGUUCGCCAUCGCCAAACCGCCUAUUGCCAAGUUAUCUGAUGUGGUCGGGCGACCUCAGGCAUACGUGCUUUCUUUGGUCUUUUAUGUUUGCGGCUACAUCGUGGUGGCCUCGACGGCUUCUUUACGAUCGCUGAUCGGCGGCAUCUGUCUUCAGUCUGCAGGCACAACGGGCAUUCAAGUACUUCAGUCGAUCAUCAUUGCCGACACUACAACAGCCAAGUGGCGCGGACUCGUCAUCGGCAUAGUCAAUCUGCCAUUUCUGAUCAAUUUUGCGGUGGCUGGGCCGAUGGUGGAUCUGGUGAUGCGCCAUGGUGGCUGGCGGUUCGGUUUUGCAAUCUGGACAGUAAUCGUGCCGCUAGCAGCCACACCGCUGCUACUCACACUGUUGGUGGGUCAACGUCGAGCGCAUCGGGCUGGACUGGCGACGAGGAGCACACUUACGGACAAGCCUUGGAGGCAAGCUUUGCGGCAGCUGGUGACAGAGCUCGACGUGCUUGGGCUCUUGCUAUUCACAGGCGGAUGGCUGCUGAUCCUUCUGCCACUGACGCUUGCCGGACACGGCGAACGACAGGCUCAGAUCCCGAUGACGACCUUCAUCCUUGGCGGUGUGGCGAUGCUGUUGGUGUUUGGAUGGUGGGAGACGCGAGCAUCAGUGCCGAUCUUGCCGUACCAAUUCUUGACCAACAGCGCUGUGGUCUGCACAUGUGUGGUGGGCGUGCUGGAUUUCGCGUCGUUCUACAUCUCAUGGACAUUUCUGUCGAGCUUCGUUCAGAUCCUCAAAGGGUGGGAUCAGACCAAAACGGGUUAUUUUGCUACGACGCAAAACGUGACGUCGACGAUCACAGGUAUCAUCGUCGGGUCACUGAUGGCCAUGACGCGUAGGUACAAGAUGCUGCUGAUGGUCGGAUUGCUAGUACGAGUGCUGGGUGUAACGCUGAUGGUGAGGUACAGAACAGCGGAUGACCCAACGUACAUGCUGGUGUUGUGCCAGCUAUUGCAGGGUAUCGGUGGUGGUUCGAUCGCCAUCACGAUGCAAGUUGCGGUACAGGUGACAGUCAGACACGCGGAUGUCGCGAUUGUCACAGCACUGGAGCUGCUGACAACCGAGAUCGGUGCAGCGAUCGGCUCUGCAACUGCGGGAUGGAUGUUUCAGACCUAUCUGCCGACCAAGCUCCGGGAGAACUUGCCCAACAUGAACGCCGACGAGCUCAAGGCGGUGUACGGCAGCUUGCAAAAGGCACUCAGCUAUCCGAUUGGGUCUGACGAACGAACUGCCAUCAUCAAGGCUUGGGUAGACGUGAUGCGAAUGCUGAGCAUUGUUGCCACAACCGUGCUGGUACCAGCAGUUCUAUUUGGAAUGGCAAUCCCUGACACGUCGUUGCCCGACGUGCACGGUGGAGUUAGUCAUCAUCACAGUCAUCAUCAUCACCAGCACCACCAUCAUAACCAUGGAUCUCGCAGAGGAGAGCGAAGAAGCUCGAGACGACAGCCUUCCUUUUUGUCAGCAAGCAGGCCGUCAUCUCCGCUUGAGGUGCGGGCAGGCUAUCCGGACAUCACACCGGGGAUGGGACUGGGCGUGGCUAAGGAAGAGGCUGCAGCUGCAGGACUGCUUGCUGCAACGACGAAUGGAUCCAAACGAAGUCGAUCUGCGUCAAGGAAUCGAGCUAGCGAGCGAGAGAGCAGAGAUGAUCCGAGUCUGCAACAGAAGAAGCGAAGAUCACGCCGAGCAGUGCUCCAUUGA